CCAAGGAACAGAUGAGAACUGGCUUCAGAAAUUAUAUAACAAUUUUCUUGGCAAGAGCACCCUUUUUGAAAAGCCAAGAAUGUCCAAUAGAGCAUUUAUUGUCCAGCAUUUUGCUGAUAAGGUACAGUAUGAAUGUGAUGGUUUCCUGGAGAAGAAUCGUGAUACUUUGUAUGAGGAACUUAUCAAGUUGGUGAAGACGAGCAAGUUCCACCUGUUAGCAAACUUCUUUCAAGAUGAUGAAACUCCAAUGUUUCCUUCAAAUUCAACUAUAAAAGUGAAACCUGCCCGACCUGGAGUGAAGCCAACAAACAAGCAGCUCCGCAUGACUGUUGGGAGUAAGUUUCGAGGAUCCUUGUAUCUACUAAUGGAAACUCUCAAUGCUACCACACCUCAUUAUGUAAGAUGCAUAAAGCCAAAUGAUGACAAAUUGCCAUUUGAAUAUGACUGCAAGAGAGUAGAUCAACAACUACGAGCCUGUGGCGUUCUUGAGACCAUUCGAAUCAGUGCACAAAGCUACCCAUCCAGAUGGACAUAUAUUGAAUUUUAUAGCCGUUACAGAAUUCUGAUGACACAGCAAGAAUUGUCACUAAAUGAGAAGAAGCAGAUUUGCAAGAUUGUAUUGCAAAGGUUAAUUCAGGAUCCUAACCAGUACCAGUUUGGAAGAACAAAAAUUUUCUUCAGAGCCGGGCAAGUUGCUUACUUGGAAAAAGUACGCUCGGACAGACUGAGGGCAGCAUGUAUCAUAAUCCAGAAAAAUGUUCGGUGCUGGAUUCAGAGGAAAAAAUAUCUGCGCUUCAGAAAUGCUGCUAUCAUAAUACAGCAGUAUGUGCGUGGACAGAGAGCUGUAAGGCAAGCAGUCAGUGCAGCUGCUCUGAAACAAACCUGGGGAGCUAUUGUAAUCCAAAGACAUGCCCGUGGCUUCCUAGUAAGACGCCUCUAUCAGCUCAUCCUUGUGGCAACGGUGACAGUGCAGGCAUUCACAAGAGGAUAUUUUGCAAGGAAGAAAUUUCGAAGGAUGCUACAAGAACAUAAAGCCACUAUUCUGCAGAAGCAUGCACGUGCCUGGUUGGCGAGGCGUAGAUUUCAGAGUAUUCGGAGGGUAGUCCUAAAUAUCCAGUUAUCUUACAGAGUGCAGCAGCUUCAGAAGAAACUGGAAGACCAGAACAAGCAAAAUCAUGGUUUACUGGAGAGGUUGACCACACUUGCUUCAACACAUUCAGCAGAUACCGACAAACUUCAUAAACUUGAGUCAGAGUGUGAGAAAUCAGUAGCACAAAAGAAGAAAACCGAGGAACAGCUGAAGAAGCUUAAGGAAGAAAAUGAUCAGACAAUAACAAAACUCCAGAAGCAAAAUGUAGACCUUGUGGAGCAGAAGCAAGAAUUGGAAAAAAAUCUUCAUUGUAAGACUGUGGAAAUGGAAGAAAAAAUGAAUGAACUUACAAGACAAGUGCUUGGAGACCUGGAAAAAGAAGAAGAGCAAAGAAAAGCACUUGAAAACAGUCUGCAUUUCCAGAGGGAAGAUUAUGAAGCAAAGAUCAAAGCCAUGAGAGAGGAAAUCCGAUCUUUAAAAGAAGAGAAUAAACAGCUUAAACAAGACGUGCAAAAUGGAGCUCAGGUCAAUGAUGGUUUUAAAAGAGAAGUUGAAGAGCUAAGCAAACAAGCAAAGGUAAUCCCACAACUGAAGAGGGAAAUAUCAUUGCUUGAGACGCAGAGAAAAGACAUAGAGAAGCAAAUGCAAGAACAAGUGCAUGACAUGAGAGCAAAGAUGACUGAAGUUACAAAACAACUUCUCCGAGGCUUACAAACUGAAGAUCUGAGACAAAGGCUCUCUCCAGAAGAACUACAACAGCUUAAUGAAGAUGGGGAAGUCUGGUUUGCAUAUGAAGGCUUAAAGAAAGCCACAAGGGUACUGGAGGUUCACUAUCAAGCACAGAGGGAAAGUUAUGAGAAUGAAAUCGAAACACUGAACCUGAAAACUGAACACCUCAGUCAAGAAAUUGGUCACUUGCAAGCAUUAUUCAAGGAAGAAAAUAACACAAAGCAUAGCAUUAAGGAGGAAUUGGCAAGGCUUACCAAAGAAAACAUGGUCAUUCCAGAACUUAAGCAACAUAUUUCAGAACUACAAAAGCAAAAGAUGGAAAUCGAGAACUGCAGUAAGAAACAGGCUGUAGACAUGCAAGUGAAAUUAGAAGAACUUUCUGGUCAGUUGACUCAAAACCUUGAAGACACAGAUUUUCAGAAGGGGACACUGGAAAUUGAGCGAGAAAUACAUAAAAAGGAAAAAGAAGAUUUGGUUUCUACACUUGCACAGAUUCAAGAAGCAAGUGACCAUCUGAAGCAACAGUAUCAAGAAGAAAGUGAAGCCAGGGCCGUAUUAUGGCAAGAAGUUUCUCGGCUUGCCUCAGAAAAUAAGGACCUUGAAGAACAGGUUGACAUGAAGGAGAAAACAAUAAAGAAGUUGCAAGACCAAGUCAAUUCUUUAACAAAAUCCAUUGAGAAAGCCAAGCAAGAACAAGCUCCGCCAGUGCCUAAAGUCUAUAUUGGAAUGUUGGAGUAUAAGCCAGAGGAUGAGCCAAAACUGACCAAGAACCUAAUUCUAGAUCUUAAGCCUCGUGGUGUGGUAGUCAAUCUAAUCCCUGGUUUACCAGCAAACAUCUUAUUCAUGUGCGUCAGAUAUGCAGACCACCUGAAUGAUGCUGGGAGGCUGAAAUCCUUGAUGAAUUCAACCAUUAAUGCCAUUAAACAAGUCAUUAAGACUCACCACACAGAUUUUGAGAUGAUGUCUUUCUGGCUUUCCAAUACCUCUCAUUUUCUCAACUGUUUAAAGCAAUACAGUGGUGAGGAGGAAUUCAUGAAAUACAACAGUGUACAGCAAAAUAAGAACUGUCUGAAGAAUUUUGACUUAUCAGAAUACAGACAAAUUCUCAGUGAUCUGGCAAUUCGCAUUUACCAUCAGUUCCUCAAUGUUAUGGAGAGACAGCUGCAACCAAUGAUAGUAUCAGGAAUGCUGGAACAAGAGAGUCUUCAAGGCAUGUCAAGUAUGAAACCUACUGGCUUCCGUAAACGUUCUUCAAGCAUUGAAGAUCUGAAUUCCUAUACCAUAAGCUCCAUCUUGCACCAGUUAGAUUUCUUCCACAACACAAUGUGUCAGCAUGGUAUGGACCAGGAGCUUAUCAAGCAAACAGUGAAACAGCUCUUCUACUUAAUUGGAGCUAUCACCCUCAAUAAUCUGUUUCUGAGGAAAGACAUGUGCUCCUGUAGGAAAGGGAUGCAGAUAAGAUGCAAUAUCAGUUAUGUAGAAGAAUGGCUUCAAGAAAAGUCUCUUCAGAAUAGUGCUGUCAAAGAAACAAUGGAACCUCUUUCACAGGCUGCUUGGUUACUUCAAGUUAACAAAACAACCGAAGAGGAUGCUAAAGAAAUAUGCAACCAGUGUUCUUCACUAUCUUCUGUUCAGAUAGUAAAGAUCUUGAACUCAUAUACACCAAUCGAUGAUUUCGAGAAACGAGUGGCUCCAUCAUUUGUUCGUAAAGUUCAGUCUAUGCUUCAAAGCCGUGAGGAUGGAUCUCAGCUUUUGAUGGACACAAACUACCAGUUCCAAGUGACAUUUCCUUUUACUCCAUCUCCACAUACAUUAGAAACUAUCCAAGUGCCCAGUAGCCUGAAGCUUGGCUUCCUCACAAGAAUCUGAAUGUGUUAUAUUAUUUGCAAUGUAUACGUCUGUAAGUAAAAAUGGAAUAAACUGCCUUUCUCAUGUUCAUUUUA